UUUAAGGGGCAAAGGAAUUAGACUAAAGAACAAGCCAUCGUCUGACCGCUGACUGGCCAGGGCAGUGCCAGCGCAUUACUGCACGGAAACGGGCGGGGCGACAGUCCCGGCUCCGGGACGCUUAGGAGAGAAGGGCCGCGCCCCUCAGCUUAGCGCCCGGGAGGAAAGUCGCGUCUUCCUAGCGCCGUGUCCGAGUGUGCUAAAAUGGAUCUUGUACUCAGUGCUGCAGAUUAUUAUGUUUUUACACCGUACAUAUAUCCAGCCACAUGGCCAGAGGAUGACUUCUUUCGACAAACUAUUAGUCUCCUGAUUGUAACAAAUCUUGGUGCUUAUAUCCUUUAUUUCAUCUUUGCAACAUUAAGCUAUUAUUUUAUCUUUGAUCAUUCAUUAAUGAAACAUCCACAAUUUUUAAAGAAUCAAGUCUAUCGAGAGAUCAUGUUUACUGUCUGGGCCCUGCCAUGGAUAAGCAUUCCCACAGUCUCCUUGUUCCUGCUGGAGUUAAGAGGCUACAGCAAGUUAUAUGAUGACAUAGGGGGCUUUCCCCACGGCUGGUUUCAGCUCAUCGUUAGUAUCCUGUCCUUCCUCUUUUUCACCGACAUGCUGAUCUACUGGAUUCACAGAGGCCUUCAUCACAGACUUGUAUAUAAGCGCAUACAUAAGCCUCAUCAUAUCUGGAAGAUUCCUACUCCAUUUGCCAGUCAUGCUUUUCACCCUGUGGAUGGCUUCCUUCAAAGUCUACCUUACCACAUAUAUCCUUUUAUCUUUCCAUUACACAAGGUGGUUUAUUUAGGUUUGUACAUCUUAGUCAAUAUCUGGACGAUUUCCAUUCAUGAUGGUGAUUUUCGUGUCCCCCAAAUCUUACGGCCAUUUAUUAAUGGCUCAGCUCAUCAUACAGACCACCACAUGUUCUUCGACUAUAACUAUGGACAGUAUUUCACAUUGUGGGAUAGAAUCGGAGGCUCAUUCAAAAAUCCUUCCUCCUUCGAAGGGAAGGGGCCACUUAGUUAUGUGAAGAAGAUGACUGAAGAAAAGAGCAACAGCCAUGCAGGGAGUGGUUGCAAAAAUGAAAAAUUAUUCAUUGGAGAGUUUACAAAGACUGAGUAGAUUAUUGCCCAAUUAUUAAAUAUUUUUAAUAAGAAAAAUCUAUAUACAGCCAAGAGACGUAGCGAGUAAAUGGUAUCAUUUGAAAAUCAGCAUUGUGGUACUGCUGAGGGAUGUCAUAAUGUAAAUCAAGCGAAGAUGCUGUGAGCACCAUGAUUUUAACCUCAUGCUUAAAAUACUAGAUGCUGGUCUCAGGGACAGCUAUGUCUUUCUGCCCAGCAGAGCUGUAAUUUCUAUAGGUAGCCUCAACAACCAUUUUUAAGAGGUGGAAAAUCAGUUACUGAGGGGACUACGUUAUGUCUUUCUGCCUUUAUUAUAUUCAUUAAGAAAAAUCCAUUGUGCUUUAUGAUACCAAGAUAGCACCAUCACAGAGAAACACUGUUAUAGAAAUGACUGCUUGUGUCAAGAAUGGUUACAUCUUUGCUUUUGGUGUGAUUUGUUCAAGUGUAGACAUCAGUGUUGAAAAAUAUACUGACAGAACAUAUCAGAGGCUUUGUAGAUGAUCUAAUUAAUAGCAAUGUAAUUACAUUAUUGCUUCCUACACAUAGGAAGCUUAUUCACUAGAGGUGAAUAAAUAAAUUGGAAUUUAAAAAAAUAACUGAUACUACCAUGAUUUAAUCCAGAUCUAGGAUUAUUUUGAUGGUUAUUAUUCCAAACUAUUAUUUAAUAAGUAUAAAAGUAUGUGAAUCUGAAUAUGCAGUAUUCCCCCCUUAUUCAUAGGGAUACAUUCCAAGGCCCCCAGUGGGUGCAUAACACGGCAGAUAUUUCCAAACCAUGUAUGUGUAUAUAUACUAUAUUUUUUUCUAUACACACAUAGCUAUGGUAAAGUUUAAUUGAUAAAUUAGGCGCAGCAUAACAACAGCUAAUAAACUACUGUAGUUAGAAGCCCAAAUAAUAUAUUUGAACUACUGAUUUUUAAAUUGAGUUGGUGCCCUGCACUUCUUUAUUGUUCAGUGUGUUUUGAAGAAAAUGUAAAGUAGUCCUUUUAUGAAAAUUGCACCAUAGUGGCUAUUCAACAUUUAAAGAAAAUAACCAUCAGUAAUAAAAUAGGGCAUUUUUCAUAUGAUCUCCAGUCAGAAUAUUUAAAUUUCUAACACAACCCAGAAACUAUAUGUCAAAAACCACAAAGACAAAUUGGUUCAGUUUUGAAAUAUGAAUGGCAUUGGUCAUGCUGAAUUAAUUUUACAAAAUCAAAUAUCCAGUGGAACUAUUCAUUUUGGCUGGAUUCACUGCACUGCUAAUGUUUCAACAUUACAAACCUAUAAUGUUCUAUAAUCAGGAAUAAUUGUCAAACAUUUAGGCCUAAUACAAAGAUUAGUUUUGAAAUAACUAUUCUCCCUCUCCUCCCCUCACUUUUUCCCACUUCCUCUGCAAAGAUUUAACUAAUACUUUCAUAAAUGUUGUGUAUUGUAAUAAAUAUAUGGAGAAACAUGGUUUGCAAAGGCGUUCUAGAAGCUAUUUAAAAUUGAUAGUUUAUUGUAAUUAUCAUUAAGCUGUAUCACAAAUAUUGUAACAGCAUAGAGUAUUCUUUGUACAAGUUUUAUAUUAAUUUGAAACCACAGAAAUGAUGUGGAUUGUCAAAACUGUUUUACAAUGUCCCCAAGUUCUCAUUGUCAAGGGGAGAAAGAAUCUCGUCUUUUUAUGUUUCACAUUUUUAUUAGAUUUGAGUGUUUUAGCACUCAAUUUUAUGAGACUAGUCAUAACAUUUAAUGCUUGAGAUCCAGAUGAAUUUUUUUUCUCUUUGAGUUGCUCUCACAAUGUUUAGAUUAAAUAUGCCCCUGUAUGGAUCAUUGUUUUAACUGGUAAAUGCAUCUGAGUGCUCUUCCCUAGCUAUCCCACCCCACAGUACUCCACUUUGCCCAAGAAAAAGAAGGAAAGUAAGAGUAAAUUUUGUUUCCUAAUAA